GCUUGAUUCAGAUAGACAACUACAAGCUCAGUUGUGGAAGCCGAAGACGGGAAUUUGUGUCGCCGGGGUACGGAACCGAACAACCGGAUAAAGGCACGGUGUCUCUCGGUGGUCGAUAUCGCCCCUGGUGCCCGGCAACACCGUGAAGCGAUGUGAGAAAACCGGCCAGGCUCCGACGUCGCCAUUAAACCAGCUCAGCUCAGCCGACUGUGGACUCUCCGACCGCGGGGACUUGACUGACUUCAGAUUAUAAAAUAAAUAACAACCGUGCGAUGUUUUUACAUUUCUCAGUUUCCUGAUAACUGGUUACUUCAACCCACAGCAACUUUACUUCACUGAGCCGCCAGUGUGAUUGAGUGACACAAAGGCUUCGUACUUCUGUUGGCCAAACAGACGUCAUGUCUUCCCGGGAGCGUCGGUCAGACGUGUACAUCAAGGCAGAGCCGAGCAGCCCGGAGGGAGGCGGGGGAGGCCGGACCAGCCCCGGAGGGGCCUCCUCGGACUCCUCUCAGAGCGGAGGCGGCGGGACGAGAGGGGACGGCGCGAAGCGCUACUCGCCGCCGCUGUACACGCCGGCUCUGCACUGCCACUUCAAAGAAGAGGCGGGCGACGGGGCCGAGGAGGGCUCCACCGGAAACGGGGCCGGCCGAUGCAAGUACGCCCUCAGCACGCUCCCCAAGAGGCUGUGUCUAGUUUGUGGGGAUGUGGCUUCGGGGUACCAUUACGGCGUCGCGUCAUGCGAGGCCUGCAAAGCCUUCUUCAAGAGAACUAUUCAAGGUAACAUUGAAUACAGCUGUCCAGCGUCGAACGAGUGUGAGAUCACCAAACGGCGCAGAAAGGCUUGUCAGGCAUGCCGCUUUACCAAGUGCCUCAAAGUAGGCAUGCUGAAAGAAGGUGUUCGUCUGGACCGCGUCAGAGGUGGACGGCAGAAGUACAAACGGCGCCCCGAAGUGGAGAAUGCAACAUACCAGAGUGCCCCUCUACCGCUGACGAAAGAGAGUGAAAAAGGCUCCUCCAACAUCAUCGUGUCCCACCUCCUGGUCGCCGAGCCGGAGAAGUUAUUUGCCAUGCCCGACCCUCUGCAGCCCGACACAGCCCAGCGCACGCUCACCACCCUCUGCGACCUCGCCGACCGUGAGCUGGUUGUGAUCAUUGGCUGGGCCAAACACAUUCCUGGCUUCCUGUCGCUGUCCCUCGCGGACCAGAUGUCGGUGCUGCAGUCGGUGUGGCUGGAGGUGCUGGUGCUGGGCGUCGCGUAUCGCUCGCUCGGCUGCGAGGACGAGGUGGUGUUCGCCGAGGACUUUGUCCUUGACGAGGAGAUGUCACGCGUUGCCGGACUGACGGAGCUCAACGCGGCGAUCAGUCAACUCGCUCGCCGUUUCCGUGCGCUGAACGUGGACCGGGAGGAGUUUGUCAUGCUAAAAGCCAUCGCACUCACUAACUCAGACUCAGUUUACAUCGAGGACAUGGAGGCCGUGCAGAAGCUGCGGGACCUCCUCCACCAGGCCCUGCUGGAGCUGGAGUGCCAGCGGCGCCCGGACGACCCUCAGCGGGCGGGACGCCUCCUCUUAACGUUGCCGCUCCUCCGACAGACUGCCGGCCGGGCCCUCACCACGUUCUACAGCAUCAAGACCCGAGGCGGCGUCCCCAUGCACAAACUAUUCCUGGAGAUGCUGGAAGCCAUGAUGGACUCCCCCUAGAGCCGGGCGCUGCGCGAGUGACCAGGACGAUGACGGAGACCCGGCGGAGUCCAGAUAGUUUAUGAAAAAGGAAAGCUUUUAUUAGAGAAUUCGUAAUGAGGAAAUAUUUUCCCCCCUUAAGACUACAAAAAGAAAGGAAAAUAUAAUGAGAGAGUGAGUCCUCGUUUCUUCAUGUCUGUUAGAGGGAAUCAGCUAUUAACAGUGCAACGCAACUGCCAAACUGUAGUAAAAGGCUCCAAGAUCCACGAGCGAAAAACACAAACGCCAGAAUAUUUCUCAGAUGUAACUGUUUCACGGCAUGUUUCAUCACCGCGUCUGUCUGCAGUUACGACACCACAGAAGAACAACUUGACUCAAGAACAGACUGCAAUCAUUUGACUUCUGAACUCUUCAAAACCGACGCGCCGUCUGCUCAAGAAAGCCAUAAAACCACGUUCCGGCAUCAACGCUCGAGGGUCCAGCACGGGGUCAGGUUGAAACGCACAUCAAGUGCUUGUAUUUACUAUAGUUUAGCGUGCCGUUGUAGGCAAACCAUAGGAAUUACUUGCAAUAUGUUAAAAAGCAAUAUAAUGACUUGAUUAUUGUCUGUCACAUUCAAAAUGUGGAUAAAACGGUGAGACAUCUGUUUUCACAUCAGUAGAUCUUCACUCUUUGCCCCCCCAAGUGCUGAUUUCUUUUGUUUUUUAAGUCUCUCUUCGUGUAGAAACUGAUCCGUAGAUACUCUUCAGAGUAAAAUAGUCACACAUUUGGGGUUAAAGAGUCAGGAGCCACUGAUGUCAGUUUCUUUGUAAAAGGUGCAAUUGAUCGGUUGUCUAGGAAAAGAGCAUAUGAAGAUUGUGUGCUGAUAAAAGGCUUCACUUGGAAGGUGAUAGUUUCUAAAGUGUAUGUAAGUUAUGGUACACACUAAAAAAAAAAAAAAAAGAAAAGUGGCUUCCAUACAGACAGGCGUGUGUGUGUGUGUGUGUGCGCGCUCCACUGAGUUCAGGGAAGAACACAACUGUGGCUGCAGCAGCAAGUCGAACAGAAACAAGUCGGCCUCAUCUGGUUUUUCAGUAUAUAUAUUGUCCCCUCCACUGCGAUCGACUUCAGCUGCUGUGUGUUCUAAAGGUCUGUCCUCUUCAUAACACUAACCUGUACAGAGAGAAGAGCUGUUGAGCUUUUGGCUGCAUUUUCUGCAGCUGCAGCGACAGAUGUUGCGAAAAGCUCAAACCUUUCAGUGCGAUGGACACACGUCUGUGGGAACUCCCGAAAAACGGCUCAAAGCAACAAGAAAUGCAACAUAUGCAACAUUUUCCGUUUUGGAUGUUGAACCCCUGAAAGUCCUUGUCCGGACGGUUUGUCCACAGUCUAAAAUAAAAAGAUCAUUAUCGUUAAGCUCCACAUGCAAUGUAAGACAGCGGCGGCGGCGGCGUCUGACGUCCCUGUCAGAUCCAGAGGAAUGACCCUCUGUGGCUGAGAGGUCAUUUAAACUUUUAGCCAUGUACAGUACGGUUCAAACAAACAUGCAAUUUAUAGUGGGAAAUAAUAAAGCCAGCAAAUGUGAUCCAGAUCGCCCAUUACAAUAUUUGUGCAGCGUUUCAGUAUACUGAAAUUUGUAAGGAAAAAAAAAAACGGCGCAAAAAAAAAAGAAGCUUUUUCAUACAGUUUCCUUUUUAGGAUUUAAGGGUCUUUUAUUUACGUUGUGACACACUGUUGUGAGUUUGGUAUUGAAAUGAAGCUUUCCAUUCAGGAUACGAUGAUUGCUGAUUGUCUUUUUUUUUUCUUUUUUAAUGUGUGUGUUUUCUUUUUUUUUUUCUUCUUCUUUUUUUCCUUGAAGCUGAUAGUUUGCUUUCUAGGGAACAAUUUUUCACGGCUCUUUCGAUGUGGUGGCUUGGUGUGGCUACAGAAGGCUACCUCAGGAGGCAGAGUGAGCCAGAUGGCGAAGUGACUGUGGAGACAAACAUAACCGUCAUGGUCCUUUUUGAUUUGACAGCUUUAAAGGUACAAUAUGUCUUCUUUUUUUUCUUUUUUUUAACGGAAUGAUGAACGAGGCUAAAGCUUCUCCAGUCUGCUCACAAGUGGCACCACUACAAUCUUACGUACUGUUCCUUUAAAGCUCACUGACUUUCUCACAAGCACCUGAGUUCAUUCGUUCCCAGAUCGAAGGCGUGCGCGGCUCAUUUUACGGUACAGCGUGUUUCUUACCGUUGGUAUGGUCAAACCUGUGAACUGUCCACCUGCUAACGCACAGGCGUCUGAUAUCUUCCAAACCUCCACUCUAGGAUUCACCUGUUUGGUCUUGUUUUCAUACUUUACAGCUUACUUACGUCUGUCUGAAAGUUUUGGGUGUUUUUUUUUUUUGUUUUUUUUUGGUAGGUUGUUUUCUAAUCAAGUUUCUUACCCACAUUUCAAAGCUGGUGAAGUUCCUCCACAUUGACACGGUCAUAUAUGCAAAGCUCGGUUUUGAAACAGCUGCAGACACAUGUUUAGGUACACUGGGUGUGGGUGGAGUGAGGAUCAGCUGCGGUGUCACAGUACAAACGGUAAAGUCAUCUGUAGGUUUGAUUACGUAUGUGCGCAUUAACAUAAAUGAGCAAUACAAUAAAUUACCAAACCUCACAUAUUUCCUUGUAUAGCCACAGUGUACAUUUAACAUUGCCAGUUAUUCUGACAGAUAGCGACUAAACGUUAUAUUAUUUAGAAGUUCAAAUCAAUGUUUGUAUUUUGAAAGACUAUUUAAAUGAUUAAAUUCUAUUUUUUACUCAAUUUACUGUCGUUUGACACUGCUUUAUUUUUGUGUGUGAUAUUGGCUGUGAAUUUCUGUGUGUAGGCAAUUUUUUUUUUUCAUUUAGAUACAAGUUUGAUGUCCUUGUCUAAACAUGUCCACAUAAAAAAAAAGAAAAAAAA